CUUUUCCUCUAAAAACUUGGCAACACUGUACGCCACACACAACAUAAAAAGCAUAAAAGCAUGUCGGCUGACGAAAAAAAAGAUAAAACCAUUGAAAAUAUGGAUGCCAACACAUCGCCAGAGGCAGAGACGGCGACCAAAGAAAAUGCCGCCGAUAAGGUAAGCGAGUCGAAAGCGCUAGAAAAUGCAACGGAAUCAAGUGCACCCGAUGGUGAGGUAUCGAAAACUGGCGAAAAGGAGGGUGAUGCUGCAUCGCCACCCGCCACUGAUGACGUCGCUGAUAAAAAGGCUCUUGGAGACGCAUCGGCUGCGACCGCGCCAACAUUGGAUGCAGAUGAAAAGGAUGCAGACACAAAGGCUGGAUCGCCGGCGCCGCCACCAGCGAAGAAAGUGAAUAACAAUAGCGCCAAGAAAGCAGCCAAGUCCGAGGAAGAAGAAGCAGACGAUGCAGAUGAUCUGGAGGAAGAAGACGAAGAGGAUCAGGCGGACGAUGGCAAAGAUUCAGCAAGUGAUGAUGAUAAGAAAUCAAAAAAAGAGACAGCAGCAGAAAAGAAGAAAACUGAAUCUACAGAUGGUGCCAAGUCCAAGUCGGGAACUGCAGGAGCGGAGAAGACAGCGGCCGCCAAGAACUCAUCCAAGGCCAAGAACGGAAAGGUGGAGAAUUCGGACGAUAAUGAGAAAGACGAAGACGAUGCUGACGAAGACGAUGGCCUCGACGAGAACAACGAAGUGGCCGAGGAUGACGAGAAUGUGGUAGCUCUGGCCGAGAUUGAUCGCAUUAAUGAGAAUAUCAACAAGACACGUGUAGAUGGUCUUCAGACGCUUCAUGCGCUUUGUUUUGGGGCCCAGGGCAAAAACAAUGUGGUGAAAAAGAAUCUGCGCUCCUUUGCUGGCUUCGAGUUUGCCAAGGAUUCGUCGGAGUACAAAAAGAAAUAUGAGUCCAUUAAAAAAGUGGACAACAAGACGCUGCGCAGCAUCUGUGAGAUUCUCACGCUGGAUCGCAAAGGCAGCAAGGAUGAGAUCACGUCACGUGUGCUCAAAUUUCUCAUGGAGCCGGAUGAAUCGCUCUGCAUUGAGCAGGGCGAUGAAGAGGAAGAAGAGGUGGAUGAUGAAGAGGUGGACGAAGAUGAGGAGGCCGCCAGCGAGGACGAUAAGAAACGCAAGAGCAGCAAGUCAAGCGCACCAACCGGCAGAGGAUCGGCUCGCAACUCUACUGGGCGUCCCAAACGUGCAACGGCUGGCAAGAAGAUGUCCGCAUAUGUCGAUUUAUCAAGCUCCGAGGAGAGCGAGCAGAAAGUAACAGUGACUAAGCGAAGACGGAACGAUGACUCCGAAUCCGGCUCAGAUUACAAUCCAUCAGCCAACUCGGACUCUGAUGCCGGACGCGGUGGUGGUGGUGGUGGCGGUGGUGCUGGUGGAGCAGGACGCAAGCUGGCAGCACGUGGCAAUCGCGGGAGACCAGCGCGCAAGAGUCGUCGAAGAAAUUCCGAUUCUGAGGACGAAGAAGAAUCCGAGAUAUCAGAUGCAGAAAGCGAUGUGCCCAAGCGCAAGCGAGGUGCUCCAGGCAAACGUGGCAGAUCUGCUGUCGCUGCUCCAGCUGGCAGACGAGGACGCGGUCGGGCGACCUCUGCGCGAAAGCGUAAGGAUUCAGAAAGCGAAGACGAAGAAGUAUCUGAAGAUGAAGAGGAAGAAGAAUUGUCCGAGUUUGGCAGCGAGCCAAGUGAGGAGGAACGUCCCAAAAAGAGUGCGAAGCCCACAACGCCUGCGAAAAAUAGCAAAGCUAAUAACAAGUCUAAACCAGCUGGAAAGGCCGCUGGUCGACCAAAAAAAUCAAAGAAGGAGACGUCCGAUGAGGAAGAUGCUGAUGACAAGGAUGAGUCAGAUGAAGAUGAGCCAUUAACCAAAAAGGGCAAAGCGGCAUUCCCAACGGACGAACAAAUACGCGGUUAUGUCAAAGAAAUUUUGGACAAGGCCAAUCUCGAAGAGAUAACAAUGAAAACAGUGUGCAAACAAGUUUAUGCUAAAUACCCAGAUUUCGAUUUAACAGACAAGAAGGAUUUCAUUAAGGCCACAGUUAAAGCGUUAAUUGCCACAUAAAAUACACAAAAAGGGAGGCGUUGAUGCCUGGGGAUGGAUGGGCCAGCAAGCAGCAGAACUUGUACCAAACAAACACUAAACACGAUAAAAAGCUUAAAACAACAAGCAAACUAAUUUUGCCACUUUUUUGAGAGCUGCUGCGGACAACAACAAACAAAGAAACACCUCUAGUUUUCCUAUAAGCGUAUAAUUUGUACUCUUUAAAACUAACUAAACUUUACCUUAAAAGGAUCAUGUCCCUUUUCUAUUUUGUACUAAGAGACGAUUAUCCAUAUAUGCAUGUGAAUAUGUAUAUAUGUAAACGUAUUUUUAAAACACUUUUAUUCAUUUUCUUUAUGAAUGCCUGCGCUCUCAAACGGCUCUACAAAAAGUGUGUAAAAAACAAGUAUACCGAAUUGGAAACCGAAACAGAAACUGAAAGAGAACAUUGUAAAAAAAAAAAACAAAAAUAACAUAAAAACUAAAGUAAAACACACACAAUUUAUACAUUAUAAUGUAGUGCUGAUUGAUUUGACGUUCAAAAUUAUGUAUUUUUAAAUUAAGUAAAAAGGAUAAAUAAAAAAUUAAUUAAAAUUCACACACUGGCAGCAGUACAAAAAACGAAGCAUGAAAACCUUAACUGAACAAAAUCCCGAGUUUAUGAUAAAUAAUGAUAUUGCAAGCGUUUUCGGCAAAUGUAAAAACUUUGUAUGGUAUUUAAACGGACGGACUUUGGACUAGAAAUCAAGCGAAAGCAUUAGAAAUAAUAUUUUUUUAAAAAUGUAUUGUUUUCAAAUGUAACCUUUUUAAAACUAAGAAUUCUUUAUCCAAAUUCAAAAUUAUUGUAAAAUAUUUAAAAGCCAUGAUAUAAAAGGAAUGCGACGAAGAAUUGAUUGAUUGGCCAGUUUACAGAGUCAAGUUAGUGUUAUGAUAUUUACUUUCGUCUCACGUUCCAUUUUCUCAAUCGGUAAUAGUCCCCUUUUAGUUUAUCUUAAAUGCUUGGCCUUGGUAAUAAUUGAAGACAGAACUAUAGCAGGUUUCUCUUGUAGAGCGGCAAUUUACACAAUUAGGACUCACAUAUAGACCUACAAUGUAAUACACAUAUGAAUUAUAAAAUAAAAACAACAGUGCAAGGAAUAUUUCGUUUGGAUAUUCAUACGAAACUAGAUGUAUGUAAAUUUUAAAUAAACAAUAUAAUGAACUUAAAUACAAUACCAGAUUCAAAUAAAAUAAAUGUUUUGAACACACACACACACACACACACAUUAAUACAAGCAUCUCAAUGUACGUUUUCUUGUAGUAAGAAUAAAUAUACAAAACCAAAUGGAAAUAUGUAUCAAUUGAUAAAACUCAACAUAAACUCUUAUUUCAUGUAGAUAUGAUAUAUAUGAAAUAAAAGUUAAUAAGAACCGUACAAGAUCAAAGUCAAAUAGAAUUUAUUGAACGCUCUCUUUAUAGAACAGAACUUAACUUAACCGUAAACCGCGUGCGUCCCAAUUGGAUGCCUAGAUGUAAAGCGAUAUCUUGUUUUAUCUUUAAAUGUUUCACUAAGGAAAUAAAGACGGAUGAUGUAUGUAUAUCAAUAAUAUAUCGCGACAAAA